UCAUGGCGACAGUGGUCCAACCGCUCACUCUGGAUCGAGAUGUUGCCAGGGCUAUCGAGCUGCUGGAGAAGCUGCAGGAGUCGGGUGACGUGCCCGGUCACAAGCUCCAGUCUCUGAAGAAGGUGCUUCAGAGUGAGUUCUGCACAGCUAUCAGAGAGGUGUACCAGUACAUGCAUGAAACAAUUACAGUGAAUGGCUGUCCAGAGUACCAGGCGAGGGCCACAGCUAAGGCCACAGUGGCGGCCUUCGCAGCCAGCGAGGGUCACUCUCACCCGCGGGUGGUGGAGCUACCCAAGACGGAGGAAGGCCUGGGCUUCAACGUGAUGGGCGGCAAAGAACAGAACUCGCCCAUCUACAUCUCCCGCAUCAUUCCCGGAGGCGUGGCUGAGAGGCACGGCGGCCUAAAGCGAGGGGACCAGCUCCUGUCCGUCAACGGCGUGAGCGUGGAGGGAGAGCAUCACGAGAAGGCGGUGGAGCUGCUGAAGGCGGCCAAGGACAGUGUGAAGCUGGUGGUUCGCUACACCCCCAAAGUGUUGGAGGAGAUGGAGGCUCGCUUCGAGAAGCUCCGCACGGCCCGGCGGCGCCAGCAGCAGCAGCUCCUCAUGCAGCAGCAGCAACAGCAGAACCUGUCCUCUCAGCAGAACCACAUGUCGUAGUGUACCAACAGUUACUGAGCAAAAACAAAGAGAGCCGUGUGUCCCGACAUUGGUGCUUUGAGGGAGGCGAGCGCUGACGGUCGUCCAUUUUAACUUUGUAUUCCCUUUUAUAAGUUGUUCCCCUCCGAUUGUGACUCUUACUGAAACUCUUGUGUUCGUUGUUUUGUUUACAGUCACCCAUUUUUGAUUGCUUACUGACAUCCAUUGGCACCUUCGCCAUUUUGCCAUAGAUAUCAUUUGUACAGUGGUGUUUCUAUUGAUUCUUCAACUGGUGCUUGUGUCUCUGUAUGAAUGACCAUUGAUUUCUUUCUUUCUUCUUUUUUUUCUGGGUCAAAUUCGUCCUGUUUUGGAUAAACGUGAACUCUUUUUUACCUUCUAUAUUGUAGCAAGAAAAAAGGUUUUUUAUCUUGUAGAUUUAGCAAUAACAGACAUUCUUCAGUUUUUCAUUUUCAUUUGACUAAAUUCACAGUAGAUGCAGAGUUUACGGGACGGGUGCAACAUGUAAAUCACUGUAAAGCAAUCUGGUUUUUCCAUGCACUGUAAGGCAGCUUCUAAAGAGUCCAGAUCUAUCCUUCUAUGCCAUUUAAAUAGAUUACUGACGUACAAGGUGGCAUGUACAAUUAAUGUGCAAUAAUUAGCCGACUUCAUACGCUUCUCCCAGCUGAGAUUUAUCCAGAAGAUAUAUAGUAACAAAGAGGUUCAGAUCAAUCCUCAGAAAUAUUAUCCGUGUCCUACAAGCAGAAUGAAUUAAAUCUAAAUACGCUAGAUUUAUGUUUAUAUUUCAGACUUUUCUAUUUUAUAGUUUAUGAGAUGAGAGAUUUAACAUAAAGUUUUAUUGUUCCUUUAAAAUAUUAUUACGUAUUCCUUCUAAAACAUGCAGAUUAUUAUUUAAGAUAUAUUAGUUGUAUAACUAGCACAUAGUUUAUGUGAAUCUGUUUUCUCUUUAGACAAUCAUUGUGAGCUACGAUGAGACUGAGUACAAUGUUUUAGCUUCUUUUUGUUUUCCUUCUGUACCUGUAAGGGAAAUCUGUUUUCUCUGAGCCUGGGUUAAAGUGGUGAUCUGCCAGGCCUGUGUUCACUCCAUCUUUGGUGCUAAGUGCUCCUUGUUGUUUUUUUUCUUUUCUUAUCGCUAUUGCCAGAAAUCGCUUUGUGUUUCUUUAUACCGUCUCGUGUUUUCUUUUGAUUCGUCCUCAUUUUCCGUAGGAGGCACUCUUCUCUUUGUUCCACCAUUCAGACUCUCACCCUCAGGCCAUUCUUCUUCUCUUUAUCCGAAGCAAACCAAAAAACAAAACAAAAAAAAAAAAAAAAAACGCAUAAUUGUUUCUUGUAUGCCAGAGGAUUUUAUUUUAUUUUAUUUUAUUUUUUCCCUCCGAGGAGCGACCAGAACAGCAAAUGAAAAGUUGUUAAGCUGCAUUUUCAUAAAAAAUGUUGUGGAUUAUUUAUUUUGCAUCACAGAUUUAUUGUUGAUGUAAAGAUUCAUUUUUACUUUUUUAUCUGUUCUGAUCUACAUUAUACAUCCGAUCACACAAGCCCAGCAGAGCAGACGUCUUCUACAUGCAUAUUACGUGCCACGCUGCCAGAUAUCGUCAUUUCCUAAAUAACCUGUCAGCACUUUAAGGUCACUUAAUGCUGAAGCUUUUAUAUUAGGUGACUUUAAGGCUCAGGUUUUACAGGAUAUUCAGAAGUUUUUGUCCCUCACUCAAUCGUCAAGCAGAACAUCGACAUACGACAGAUCCCUUUUUGUAUCUUUAAAUCACAGGUACUCUUUCUUAAUUGACUUGCAUUUUUGAAGCUGAUGGUCCUGUACUUACCGUAAAGAUUUAAAAAAAAGAAAAGGAAAAAAAAAAAGACAACAAAUGUUGAUAUGCAAUUGUUAUACAUACUAUAUUUGUAUAAAUAA